UUCUGAUAACCAUUCAUUCCAUUUCCCUUCUUUCCAUUCCAUUCCAUUCCAUCAUAUCCUAUAUGAUCUAUUCACUUCCCAUAUGCAUAUACACACAUAUAUACACACAUAUAUAUAUAUAUAUAAGUAUAAUCAUGCACACAAACAACCCAAAGAGAAGAACCUUUUUCAUAUUGUGUAGAGGGAAAAUAAACAAGAACCAUGCGUGACAAGAGUUCUUCAAACUCCACCCUUCUUCACCAUCCCGAAUCGAAGAACCUGACGACAAAUUCGACGGUGUUGAAACGGGGGGAAUCGAGUCGAGAAUCCAACAAACAAAUGCAAUCUGCGACGACGAUGAUCAAGAGAGCAGAGGAGGAUGAUGAGAAAACCGGACGGGAGAGGCUGAAAAGACACCGACUAGAGGUCGCAGAUCGAGUGUGGGUCCCGGAGCUGUGGGGCCAGGAGGAUUUCCUCAAGGACUGGAUCGACUGCUCGCCGUUCGACGCUGCCGUGAUGAGCAGCAGCGCCGCGACAGCAGCGAGGGCGUCGCUGGCAGAACAAGGGAGGAACAAAAGUAAUCCUAAUAGAUUAGGAAUCAAGAAUGUGUAAUAGCCAUGGAUGGCUUUGUUGAGCUUGAUAAGAAUGUUGUGUUAGCAUCAGUGAGUGUUGAUUAUCGACGACGAAGAUGUAUGAACUGCGAAAGAUAACUACUCGGGCAAUGUUUUUUACAACAUACGUCAAAUCGGGAGUCGGGUUUUUCGUCGGUUUUCGAUCUUUUGGAGGGAGUUUGUGCUCUUGGUUAAAGACUUGAGUACAAAAUUGUGCAAUAACUGAGAGAAGUGGUAGUAAGGAUUGGGUCACUCAAUACGUAAGAAAUGGGCAUCCAACAUGUAGUUUUUUUAUUUUUUUUUAAUAGCGUAGAAAUCCGCCGUCACUGCCAUUAUCACUGGGACCAGAGCAACUUACAUGAUCAAGAAUCCAUUCCAUUACGCGACUACACUAUAUUAAUUAGUUUUAAUUAAAUGUUGUGUAAAUUGUAAUGAGAUAUCAUAUGUUGUGUGAAUUGUCAUUUUGUGAGCAUUCUAAUAUGUUAAUAUGAAUCGCAUGAUAUUUUAUCAUUGUAUUGUGUG